ACUUUCUGUAUACUAAAGUGUCGAGAAAAUGGAACCACGUAAAGAUUACUUUGUUGUUGUCCAAACUAAGGAGGCAGGAAAACUUGUUUUAACUGCGGUCCCGUGUCGUUGGAUUCGUGAUGGGUUUCUGUUUUGGCCCGGUAAAAAUGCAAACAGAUUGCGUAUGGACCUGAACUCAGAACCAGGCAGUGGUUGGAGCAAAAUCGCUUGCAGUGUAAAACGGAAGUAUAUUCCAUCCUACGAGGAGGCCGAAAUAGAAGCUGCUGAGCUUUCAGGACAAAACACGGAAAGCUCAGAUUCGGCGCCACGUAGAAAGAAGCAAAAAAAAGUGAAGAAAGAUGGUUUCAUCAAACGGUUCGAUUUUAAUCACCUGGUUCCCGGAGAAAACCCCACUUCAAACAUGCAAACGAACCAAAAUCAAAGCACCGGGCCGGAACCUACAAGUGCACCAAUGAAUUCACAGAUUGUUGUCGAUUCUCAAGAUCUCCCGGAUGUAGCUCCUUCUUUGCUCUGUUCUGCCAGCGUGAACCAGGUGGAUGAGACAUUCUCCACACAUCAGACCGUCGAUCACUCGGUUUACCUGACAACAUUGCCCUUCUCCGUAAAUGAACAGCAGACGACAGAUGAAAUGCAGGCAGUUGCCACGGAGGGCGAAUCGGAAUACGUAUAUUUUCAGCAGCCAACUGUUGAUAUGGAUUCCGUGAUCAAAGCAGUUUCCGGAAAAAUUGAACAAGAGUGUUCAAAAAUGCAAGACACAAUCCUCUCUACCAUGAGCACGAUGAUGGCCUCAUUCAAAAGUGACAUGGACGUAAAACUGGCAGCAGCUUUACGUGCCCAAGCAAAACCGUCCGAUGAUGAUGAGAAAUUCACGUUUUCCCCAGUGUCUUCCAUCGAGCAAAUUCAUGAGCUGGAGAAAAAUCUCGCAGACGAAGCAUACGCUGAGCGUUUCAUUUCUUACAUGAAAAAGCUCGUUGGAUAUGUUGGAGAUAAUUGUAACGGUAUGAACAUUUCGUACACAUUAGUGGACUUCUUUUUCGAACGUAACGUGAUGCUGAAAUGUUCGUGGAGUGGUGCUAGUCGCAGUUCUAUCAUCAAACUGGCUAUCAAGAAUUGCACCAAAAUCCUGGACAUCUUUUUUUCAAUCGUUCGUAGUGUGAAUAUUACGUUCUCCCGGCAGCUUCUGGCACAAUUCUUUAAACAAGUCACACGAAACGCCAAGAAAAGGAGCGAAGCGAAGGGUUUGCGACAACCGACAAUUCAUCGUAGAGCAAAGAAAUUGAACAACACACGAUGUCAAGCGGACGUUCCUCCUACCACGACCCCUGACGGAACGAAGAGAGAUUGGAGCCCUUCGACAGAAGAUGAAUCACAAUCGAGUAAAUCGUCUUCGAGUGAUGAGUCAGAUAGUGAGAUGCUAGUGAGCAAGGUGGAAGAGUCUGACCCUCGUAUCAAUUCAUGCUAAUGAUUUUACACUUGAUUUGACUUUCUAUAUGAAGAUAAGUUUUAAGUUUGUUCUAAACCUUUUAUUGAUUUACGUUUUUUAAAUACCUAUCGAAUAGAAAGAGAUAGACGAAACUGGGAGAGUUGCUUAUACGCUUUUCGACAAUGUAAACGCUAUCGAACGAAAUAAACGUACGGUGUUUUUUAUUUGCACA